CACUCUUUCAUUCAGCUGUUUAUUUCUUUUCGUCCAUCUUUGUUCAUUACGUUGUGCGUCAGUAAAAUAAAUUAUAAAAUUUACAAUGCGAAAGUGAAGAAACAGAUAUGAAUUUCCAGACAAGUUGUUGUCGAAUUUGUUUAAAAAGUGAAUUGUUGAUGUCUUUCUACCUCUAUAGCCCCACCUUUCCACUAAGGCCCAUCGAAAUAAUAGAGAAACUGAACAUAUUUAAGUAUGAUGAAACCUUACCCGCACUCUUGUGCCAAUCGUGUUUAUAUCGGUUGCUGGACGCUUAUAACUUGCAGCAGCUGGCUGAAGCAUCUGAGCGUCGUUUACGUGAUUAUGUCGCCAAUACUACAACUGGUGGCGGUAUCAAUAGUCUAGCACUAGGCAACAUGAGCAUUAAUUCAAUCAAUCAAGAUUCUUCAAGCUUUUCAUCAACAGCGGCAAUCGGCGAUACAUGUAGAGAUGCGGAGAUGACUUCAGCCAUUUAUGCAAAUAUAUGCGACAUGUUUGAAAGAAGUAAUGUUCAGACGAAUAAUGAAGUGACGAACGAAAAGACUUGUAUUGUAGGUGGCGAAGACAUGUUGAAUGACAUUGAAAUAGAUGUUAGUAGUUUAACGCGAUCUGAAGCGAAUGAGGACACAUUAAAUGAUGUAUUCAAUGAAAAACAUAUAAAUUCUAACUUGAAUCGGGGUGUCGCUAUAGAAGCUACCAUAAAUAAACCCAAAAUUAGUAUCUCGCCAACCACAAAAUGCAGAAUUGAUGGAGCAAUCACCGAGCUCAACACAGAAUGUGGUACUCUUUCCAGUAACUCCAGUUAUCUCGAAGUAUUCAAAUUGGUGGGUCCGAACGAAAAGACUUUCCAAUGCAAGGAAUGUUCUCGUCAAUUUAAACAAUCUAGUAAUUUGCUUAUACAUCAGCGUACGCAUACUGGAGAAAGACGUUUUCAAUGUGAGAUUUGUGCCAAUUUCUUUACCACAUCGAGCAAUCUGAAAGCGCACAAAGCCACACAUCUGGAACAGCGUGAGCACCGUUGUCGCCAAUGUGAUCGCGACUUCAAAACCCUUCGUGAAUUACGUCGACACGAGCCGAUACAUAAAGCGGUAAAGGAUGUUGUAUGUGGAAAAUGUCAGAAGGCCUUCACAAAGCGUAGUUAUCUGCUGGAUCACAUAGCGGCAAUGCAUCACGGCAUUCGACGGCAUAAAUGCGCUGAUUGUGGCAAAUUGUUUGGCAGACGUUCGAAUUUGGUUUCGCAUAUGCGCAUUCACUCAGGGGAAAAACCUUUUCAAUGUAAAUUCUGCGAAUGGAAAUUCAAUCAGUCAUCAGCUUUGGCACGUCAUAUGAAAAAACACACAAAGAGUGAAAAUCUCAACUUUGAUUUUAAAGCUACAGAUCAAGUAUUGAAAAAUAUCCUACAGGCACCUGCAGUUAUCGAAGCGGACGAUGUAGAAAUCAGCGAAAUGAACAUGACUGCGCAGAGUAGCUUCAACGUUCUUAACAAUAUAACGAGCUUUAGCGACGAGACAGAAGCGCUGCAAAAUACUAGCAGCUACGACUUUACAAAAGAUGGCAUUUUGGAUUUUUCUACAAAUCAGCAAGUGAUUUGAGCUGUAAAUUAUCUUUGCUUGGUGUAC